ACCGGGUGGAUGGCAUAGGGAACAAAGUGAUUACAGAAUUGGGUAGCCCUGCUAGAAAUAGAUGUAUCAAUAUAAUUAGAAAUAGAUGAAGAGGGAUCCAGGGCUUAAGGAGGUGCAAGUUAACUUUCUUUUAACUUUCCAGCUUUAAGACAGAUGGACUUCAAUUCCCAGAACUCCCCUGCUGACCAGGAAAUUCUGGGAGUUGAAAUCCACACAUCUUAAAAGUCACCAUGUUAGUGGUGACUUAGAUGUAUUGUUGUUGAGGAGCAAGUCCCUUUCUUCCGUCCUUAAAGCAUGGAGAAGCGGGAUAAAGAUCUACUGUUAGGAGAUCCAGGCCAUCCUGUUUCUCUCUCACAACUUGUACUGCACACAGUUCCUUUACAUUAAAGCUUUCUUGUCAACUGUACAAGUGAGAUUGGAAAACUACAGUCAAAACUUGCCAUUCCUGGAAUUUCCUGUUGCACUUUACUUUUAGAGGUUUGGUCCACCCCCAAGUGACUUGGAACUGAGGAGAUCUGAAAACAAGUGAUUGAUGUCCCUUUCUGGACGCAACUAAUAAAGAGAAGUGCAUUCUCAAGAGUUAUUUAUACAGGUGCAGCAAUGGAUCUUGUCCUGGAUUAUGCAGACAGUUCUAUUUUGACACCUUAUGUUUAUCCAGCAACCUGGCCAGAAGACAAUACUUUCCGGCAGAUUAUCAGUCUCUUUGUUAUAACAAACCUGGGGGCAUUUGUCCUAUAUUUUCUGUUUGCCAUUCUCAGCUACUAUCUGCUUUUUGAUCACAAGUUAAAGAAGCACCCCCAGUUUUUAGAGAAUCAAGUGCAGCGGGAGAUAAAGCACACCGUCUCAUCUUUGCCUUUGAUCAGCAUUCCCACUGUGGCCAUCUUCUUUGCUGAGGUCAGAGGCUACAGCAAACUCUACAGCAACAUUGAGGAUUCUCCCUAUGGAUGGUUUGGCGUGGUCUUCAGCAUGUUAUCAUUUCUGUUCUUCACUGAUAUGUGUAUUUACUGGAUCCAUCGGAUUCUCCACCACAAGCUCUUAUAUAAGCGUUUCCACAAGCCUCAUCACACGUGGAAGAUCACAACUCCGUUUGCCAGCCAUGCUUUUCACCCCCUGGAUGGUUUUCUUCAGAGUGUCCCUUAUCAUAUCUACCCGUUCCUUUUUCCUCUUCACAAAGUGACCUAUUUGGGCCUCUAUGUCUUCGUCAACAUCUGGUCAAUCUCCAUUCACGACGGAGACUAUCGCGUUCCCCAUCUGCUGAAACCCAUCAUCAACGGAGCUGCCCAUCACACGGACCACCACUUGUACUUUGAAUACAAUUACGGCCAAUACUUCACCCUCUGGGAUAGAAUUGGGGGCUCCUACAAAAACCCCUCUUCUUUUGAAGGCCAGGGCCCCCACGUGUAUUUGAAAAAGCUGGCAAACCGCCACGAGGAUAAGGAACUACCAGGAGACCACGGAGCGAAAAAUAAAUAGCAAUAUCCCUCCCAACUGAAGGAUGAGGAACCUCUAUGCCUUAUGAACUGCAUAACCGGAAGUCAAUCCCUUCUCCAUCCAUUAGCUUUCAAAAUGGAAAUAUUUGGCACCCAACAUUCCAGGAUGAGAAGACAGAAUAUGUGGGUUCACAGCAGAGCAGUCUCUUGGAUGUUGAGCAGGAGAAAGCAUCCAUGAAUUUCCCUGUUGCCAUUAGAAUGAAUUAGGAAGUGGUCAGUGCUGCUCUGAAGUCCAUCCUCAGCAGAUGUUCAAAGGCAACUUUCAGCAACACCUUGUACGUUGUUGCUGUGCAGUCAGUUAUGAAUGCCUGCUGUUCCACCAGUGUUUGGGUUUGGUGUGAAGGAAUGGAUUCCUUAAUUGUUUCCAUUGUGUAAUUACCCUCCUAAAAUGCAUAUUGCAGCGCACUUUAGUCUUAACAGGCGAAUUGGUUGGGGGAAUUUCUGAAGUCCUUAGAAUAACAGAGUUGGAAGGGACCUUGGAGAUCUUCUAGUCCAACCCCCUGUUUAGGCAGGAAACCCUAUACCCCCUCAGACAAAUGGUUAUCCAGGACACCUUCACAUCAAUUACAAAAUGAUGUGAUGUAUAUCAAAGUAUCAACAUCCAGACUAUGCCAAAUUGCAACAGAACAUUCAAAGUGCAGUCAAGGUUUAGACCAGGUUUUCUCAACCUUGUCAAAUUUAAGACAUGUGGAUUUUAACUCCCAGAAUUGCCCGGCCAGCAUACUGUUGACAAGAUUGAGAAAUAGUGGUCUAGAAUAUCAAGGUUUCAUUGAACACACGUUGAAUGAUCUGUAAGAUAAGGAGCUGUCAUGCCAAGCAUGAUAAAUAAAAUAAAAGAUGUUAUCUGAAGCAAGGCAGGAAUAAAACACAGGAACCUAGCUUAUUACUCCUUCAAAGUCCCUGUUUUACAAAGGAAUCUCUGUGUUUAUGUGUGUUUCUAAUUCAUUUUGUAACCAGCAAAUUUCAAACUUCUAUGGUGAAGUGUUUGGCAACAGGAAAAGGUUGUAAUUUUAAUCAGACCAGGGGCAUCCAACUUGCAAGCUCUAAGACCUGUGGACUUCAGCUCCCAGAAUCCCCUUUGCUGGCUGCCAAGGUUGGACACCUCUGCUUGUAGACUAAGAUUACCUUUGUGGAGGUAGAUACCUUUUGGAAUCUUUCAUUAUUUUACAACGUUAUUUUAGAGAUGCACUUUAUAUGUGUUAUUGCUUUCCUCACAAGGUUCCAUCUGCCAUUAAAAAUAUCAGUUGGAUUUAGCCCUGCUGGCUAGUCAUUAUGGGAGAUGGAGUCCAGAUGGAAGAAGGGUAUUAUAAAUCAUUGCUUUGGUUUUUCUGCUCUUUAGCAUGUAUUACUUCAAACACUAAAAUUAUUUCCUCCAACAAAUAAGAGUAAAUAUUAUUGCUUUGAUAAAAAUAAAUGCAAAUAAUUCAGGAGAUAAUGUGAAAAAAAUGUUCUGAUAGGAUUUUUUUUACUGUAUGUAGGAUAUCCUAUCAUUUCUUAACCCCCCCCCCCCCAAAAAAAAAAAAUUAGACAGUCUGUGGAAAUUGUCUUCUCUUUAAUAAUGUUUUUAAAAGAUUGAAAGUUAUGAAGUAUGGUUAUUGAGUGCGCAAAAUCAAUGUUUGUAAAUUUUAAAAAGUGGAGAUGGUAUAUCUAUAUAUGUAUAUUGUAUGGUAGAUUUAUUUAGUUUAUUGGUUCUGAUGUUUUCUGGUGAUGAAAUCAUUAAAAUAAUUUCUCUGUGAAUAGUUUUUAAUAAAACGGGCAGUUUGGUGUAGUGCAUGAGUGUCCAACCUUGGCAACUUAAGACUUGAAUUCCAGAAUUCCCCAGUCAGCAUCUUUAAGACCUAUGGACUUCAACUCCCAGAAUUCCCCAGUCAGCAUGGCUGGCUGGGGAAUUCUGGGAGUUGAAGUCCACAGGUCUUAAAAUUGCCAUGGUUUGGAUACCCUAGUGAAGUGGUUAAGGCAUUCAACUAGAAACUGAGAGUUCUAGUCCUGCCUUUGGCACAAAGCCACUGGAUAGACAGUUUCUAAAGAAUCCGACACGAUUGAAUGGAAGGGGAAAAAACAUUAAUAACCAUAUAAGCGGCAUCUCAGCCACAUCUACCAUAACACAUUCCACCCUCCUGAGUUUGCUUGUCAAGUCAAAUUCUCUUCUUUGUUGUGGUCAUAUUGCAGCUGCCUGCCUUCGGGAUAUAAUUCCAUUUUUCUGCCUAGCCUGUGAGGCUAAGAUUUCCUUUGGCAUUCCCAUCCAAGUGACAAGCCUGAUCCUGCUUAGCUUCUACAGCCAGAGCAAAUCAACUCAAUGCGGUCACUUAAGAGGUCUCCAGAUCAGCAUUUCUCAGCUUUUAAGUCGUGUGGACUUCCUCUCCCAGAAUUCCUUGUGCUGAUUUGGGAAUUCUGAGAGUUGAAGUGCACACAUCUUAAAAGUUGUUGAGGUAGAGAAAUGCUGAUCUGGGACCUUGUACCUCUCAUUAACGAGUGUGCAUAUUGUUAUGUAAGGAAUUUUUAAAAUAUACACAUUUAACAAAAAAAAAAUGAAAAAUUUAUUGAACUCUAUUGGCACAUACUGUAUGUAAAAAUUUUAAAUUGAGAUCAUAAAUGGAUUCACAAUUUGAAAAUCAUAACAAUUUGACUUUGGAGUUUAAUUUUGGAGUAGUUGGGUGAUGAAUAAACUAAUCACAUGGCCUAUUUAGGGAAUUAAAGCCAAAUAAAUCAUAAUCAUUUUAUGUUUAUGAAACCAGAAGGUAAUGCCCCAUUAUGUACAAAACUCUUUUAAUUCUGCAGAAUUUCCACAGGACUAUUUUAGAAUAAAUCAAUGUUUAUUUUGGAAGAGA